AUAUGCAUUGUCUUAACAUUUGAUUGACAUUACACAUUGGUUCAAUUGUGCUUCAACGGUAUUAAAUAUACAUCAGAAACCAAAUAGCCGUAACAAUGUACCGCAAUCAGUAUGAUACGGACUGCAUUACCUGGUCGCCUCAAGGGCGUCUGUUUCAGGUAGAAUAUGCCAUGGAAGCUGUUAAACAAGGUACAUGUUGUGUAGGAAUUAAAUCGCAGACUCACAUUGUCUUAUGCGCCGUUCGUCGUAAGUCGUCCAAAUUGGCGGAAUAUCAGGACAAAAUAUUUUGCAUCGGCGAACAUAUUGCUGUUGUUAUGUCUGGUAUUACAUCUGAUGCGAAGAUGAUUGUAAACUAUAUGCGCAAUGAGUGCCUCAAUAACAAGUUUUUGUACGGCUGCGACAUUACCGCAACAAAGCUAGUAUCACUUAUUGCUCAAAAAUCUCAAGCCAACACGCAAACAUCAUCCAAGAGGCCUUUUGGUGUCGGUCUUCUCGUUGCUGGGUACGAUGACAGGACUGGUUUACACUUAUAUGAGACAUGUCCCAGCGGUAACGUUGUGGAAUACAAUGCUACUGCCUUUGGCGCUCGUUGCCAAAGUGCCAAAACAUACCUCGAACGUAAAAUUGCCAACUUCGAGGAGUGCAAUAUAGAUUCCCUUAUAUACCAUGCAGUCAAGGCAGUAAAAAUGACAAUUCCUAGUGAUGGAGAGUUUGAUGUUGACAUGGUGACGGUGUGCAUCUUAGGCAAGGAUAUGCCAUUCAAAUUGUUGACAACCGCUGAAACCCAGCCUUACGUUGAUAAGGUAAUUGCCGAAGAUUCUCAGGAGGAAACAAUCUAGAUGAUUGUGCCGCACAUACCCAUUUUAUAACACACACCAUUUAUUUAUAUCAAUGUGUCAUAUACUUGA